AUGCUCGUCCCUGUGAGCCUGCUCGCCCUCUCCCUCUCAUCGGUGGCCGCUGCCCACAGCAGCCACCAGACUCCCCUGACGGGCCCCUUGCAAAAGCUCUGGUACAACACUCUGCCCGGUGACGGCGGCACCCAGGCCGACUCUGUCUUCUCCGGUAUCUCGACCUUUGGCCGCCUCCCCUACUUUCCUUGUCUCGCGAGCGAAGAAGAGAGAUUCGAUAUUGCGUUCAUCGGAGCGCCCUUUGACACGGGAACUUCUUACAGACCUGGAGCGAGGUUUGGGCCCAGUGGAAUCCGACAGGGAAGCAGGCGGUUGAAUCUUUACGGCGGCUACAAUGUCCCCCUUCAGGCAAACCCGUUCAGCAAUGACCUUAAGGUCCUAGAUUGUGGUGAUAUCCCUGUCACUUCGUACGCCUCCCUCAGUCCGAUGUCAAUACCAGAAGAUGUAUGUGCUGACUGCCGCAGGUACGAUAACGCCUGGGCGAUCCAGCAGAUUGAGGAAGGGCACAACAGCCUCCUCAUGCGCAAGCCCUACACCUCCGCCAACGAGUACGGUCUCUCGCGCGCAGGCAAGACACUCCCCCGUAUCAUAACUUUGGGAGGAGACCAUACCAUUACGCUGCCUCUGCUGCGCAGUAUCAACAAGGCUUAUGGCCCUGUGACUGUCAUCCAUUUCGACUCGCAUCUUGACACCUGGAAACCUAAAGUCUUCGGUGGCUCCCCCAGCGAAGUCGCCUCCAUAAACCAUGGGACAUACUUCUACCACGCCGCAAUGGAAGGCCUCCUCCGAAACGACACAAACAUCCACGCCGGAAUCCGCACAACGCUGUCCGGACCUUCCGACUACGAAAAUGAUGGAUAUGUCGGAUUCGAGAUCGUGGAGGCACGUGAAAUCGACACUAUUGGGACCGAGGGUAUCAUCAAGAAGAUCCGCGACCGCGUAGGGAACGACCCCUCCACCCCGAUCUACCUGUCCAUCGACAUUGACACCAUUGAUCCCGCAUUUGCGCCCGCAACAGGAACGCCCGAGACCGGGGGAUGGAGUACUAGGGAGCUGAGGACUUUGAUUCGAGGGCUUGAUGGGUUGAACCUCAUUGGGGCGGAUAUUGUGGAAGUUGCGCCAGCUUAUGAUACCAAUGCGGAACUGACAACUAUGGCUGCUGCGGAUGUGCUGUAUGAGGUGCUGACAAUCAUGGUCAAGAAGGGGCCGUUGACGGUUGAUGAGCGGAGUGACUUGUGA